CGAAACUAACCGUCAGAAUGGGGAAGUUUGAGCCUGCUGUUUAAGGACAACACCUAAAAGUGCGUAUGUCGCAUUAAGCUACGCUCACUCAUGGAAAAGCUUUGGAAGUAAAACCUGAGGAAGAAAUCUGGAGUCAGAUUCCCUAAGGCAGCCUGAUGUUGAUUAAGCAUCGUGCUAGCAGCUCCUGCAGUUCAGCUGUCAUCAAAACAUUAGGCCUGCCAUCUCUUUUGACGUCAGCAUCUGGACAGAGAGGGGGAUCGUGAAGCUCAGGCAACUCGUGGUCUUCGUACAUCUCCUGCACAGGAUUUGGUGACACCAAUCUCCACAACCGACUCAAGACCUGGGGCGAUGGGCAAGUGCUGAUGGUGGCAGGCACGAGGUGGUGCUAGGAGCCUCCAGGCCCAGACCUACACUCAAAGCCAAGACAGGAUGGUCACUCUCUUCUCAUGAGGCAAGGGCACCUUGGCAAUGGGGCAGCCCUCUUCAAGGACUGCACUGCUUCCCCGUCACAGGAAAGCGUCUGGAAGAGGUGACCUAAAGAAUGCUUACCUCACUUAUCUUGUCAGCAUACCACAGCUAACUGGACAUCUAUUUUGCGCUCGAACUACUGUACCUCAAAAACCACAAAAGAGAGAAGAACCACCAGAAAGCCAAGCAAACUCUGUGUUGGAACCUGGAACAUCAGGACCCUCAUGGGCCACAAGACCAGCAACAGACCAGAGAGUAGGUGAUCUGUCCAUGCUAAAAUGCCCUAACUUUGGGGCUGUAAGUGGAAUGUGCGCCGAUCGGCUUCUUCAGGCACAAAGACAUAAAUUCAUCACUGUUCUUGGAGGAAGCUCAGUAGAAAACUUUGAGACAGUCCUUGAUCAUUUAUUAGCAUGGGAUCUUCUAAACUGGGAAGAAUAUGAAUCUGUGAAGUUACCGCAACAUAUGCCCAGUUCCAGUCGCAAACUCCUUGACAUCAUAAUUUGUAAAGGGACAAGAGCCUGUGAACUUUUUGUCAUUGUUUUGAAAAAAGUAUUUCAUAGCUCGCAGCUGAGUGAUUUGCUGCUGCUGAACUAUAAUCCUCCAGAAGAGACUGAUCAAUCUACAACUGUGUCAUUAGCUUUCCAGACUCUUCAACAACACAGACCAGACAUAGUGAGAAAGUUGCAUGGGCGGACGGCAGCUCUAUUAGCGCUUCUGCGUGACUGUGGCCACUUUUCCAAGUAUGAAUGCGAGGAGGUUCAGUUGCCAAUAUACACACCUUCGCAGCAGGCACGAAAGCUUCUAGAUCUUACUAGAGGAAAAGGCGAUGAUGCAGCUCAUGUCCUAUUAGAGUAUAUUGAAUCUGAACCUGGACGUAUCAAGCCUGUGCUCGAUAAUGCAUGCAUAAAGUAUCAGGAUAAGUUGCGUUCAACUCUGGCUGCCCAGUCCCGAUUUCUAACUAAUUAUGCAGGAACAGAAAAUAUGCGUCUGGAGAAUGUAUAUGUGAAUUGUAUACUGGAAGUAACCAAUGCUACUUCAGAAAGUGGCUCGUUGCGGUCUCUUAUUGGACUGGAAGAUAUUUUUGGAUCAGACGGCAUAUUAAAUAAAGAUGCAGAUAUGGUGUUGAUCAUUGGGGAAGCAGGAAGUGGGAAAAGCACUUCACUGCAGCAAGUGCAACAACUAUGGGCAACAAAACAAGCAUUCCAGGAAUUCACAUUUGUAUUUGCAUUUAGCUGUCGAGGGUUAAACUUCAUUGAUACAGAAGUUUCACUCAAAAUGCUACUGUUCGAACAUUGCUGCUGGCCAGGUGAUCAUCAAGAUGUGGUUUUCCAAUACAUUCUGGAUCACCCUGAAGAAAUCCUGUUCAUGCUCGAUGGAUUUGAUGAAUUUAAAUUCCAGUUUACAGAUGAGGAAAGGCACUGUUCACCCACCAAGCCUACCUCUGCAUUGAAUCUAAUCUUUAACCUUCUCCAAGGAAACUUGAUGAAAAACUCUAAAAAAGUUAUGACCAGUCGGCCAAGUGCUGUAACUGCCAUGUUAAGGAAAUACCUACGGAAAGAAAUUACUUUAAAAGGCUUCUCACACAAGGAAAUUGAAGAAUUUAUAAAGAAAUAUCAUGGCAACUCCUCAAAUGCAGAGCAUAUUUUAUAUUUUGUUGAGGCAAACUCCGUUCUUCAUGGGCUCUGUCACGUUCCCUUCUUCUGUUGGAUUGUAUCGAAUUGCCAUCGACAGCUAAUGCAGAACGCUGGUGACUUCACUCAGACUAUGACUGACAUCUAUCUUCUAAUCUUGGAUCAUAUUCUAUUGCAUUUUGCACACAACAGCCAUGGAGUAAAUGAAAUUCUACCGAGCCAAAUUGUGACCAUCUUCCGUCUUAGCAAAUUGGCGAUGGAUGGUUUAAUCUCCUGUAACUAUGUGUUUUCAGCUGCACAACUACAAGAGGCUCAGAUAUCUAAAGAAGACAUUUCUUUGGGAUUUCUUGUUGACAGUCAUAGUUGUUCCCAAACAGGCACUGCCACUAAGAAGGGGACUUACGAGUUUCUUCACAUUACUAUCCAGUGUUUCUUUGCUGCUCUCUAUAUCACGUUAAGUGAUAAUAUGGGAGAAUCUACCCUUUACUUGCUGUUCAAAUCUAGAGAGAAGGAGAAGUUGCCCUGCAUGACAUCAGCAGCUUGCAUUGAGAGAUUCCCAUUCAGUUGUCUCCAGUCUCACGGGCAAUCGGCAAGGAGAUGCGAAACCAUGUUACUGGAAGCAGAGAAAUCAAAUCUUCAAAUAACAGCAAACUUUGUUUCUGGGCUUUUGUCAGGUAAACACAGGAAUCUGAUACAGAAGUUCUCAGGCAUCCCAAAGCAAUCGAAGAAGUGCAAACUGGUUAAGAGUUACCUGGCAAAGGGCAUAGAGAAACACUUCUUAUCCAUACCACCAGCUGUGGGUGAGGAGAAGAAAAGUAUGCACGCCUUGCCCGAGUUUGUGUGGUGGAUCAAAUGCAUUUAUGAAAUGCAGGACAAUGAUUUAGCCAAACACGCUGUUAGCAAUCUGGAGGUGGAUCACUUGAAGCUGACCUAUUGUGGAAUAGGGCCGAUUGAAUGCACUGCCCUUGCUUAUGUCCUCAAACACUUGAAAAAUCCUGUGGGAUUACAGUUGGAUUACAACUUGAUUGGAGAUAUAGGAAUUGAACAGCUACUUCCCUGUUUGAGCAAUUGCCAGUCUAUUUACCUCCGAGGAAAUAACAUUGCUGAUCAAGGAGCCUCCAAACUGGUUGAUCAAGCUCUUGGCUGCCACAAUUUACAAAAGAUUGCAUUGUUUCAUAAUAAUAUCACUGAUGCAUGUGCCCAGAAUUUUGCAAAGCUUCUGAAACACAAGAAAAACUUUUUAGCACUAAGGCUGGGCAACAAUCAUUUAACAGCUGCUGGGGCAGAAGUACUGGCAGAAGGUUUAAAACAAAACAACUCUAUCCAGUUCUUGGGACUUUGGGGAAACAAAGUUGGAGAUGCUGGUGCCUCUGCUAUUGCAGCAGCCCUUGAAAAUAACACUAGUCUCUUGUGGCUGAGCCUUGUUGAUAAUAACAUUGGAAGUCAAGGUGCUAGGGCGUUGGCCUUAAUGUUGAAGAAGAACACCAUCCUGGAAGAGUUGUGUCUUCAGGAAAACAAUUUAACUGAUGAGGAUAUACAGCACUUCAUAGAAGGACUGCAGAACAACUCAAGCUUAAAGGUUCUCAAGUUGUCUAAUAAUAAGAUAACAAAAAAGGGAAUAGAAUUUAUUAUUACUGCUCUAAAGCACAAUACUACCAUUACAUCAAUUUGGUUAGGAAGAAGUCAAAUGACCGAUGAGGAGAUUGAGGAGAUGACCAGUGCAGAAAGGAGAUUGACAUUUUGAUCGAAAAUGUUGUCUAUAUAUCACAGAUCUCACAAACAACUGUAUUGUCCCACUUAAAUAGAAAUCUCUGAGGUCUCCGUCAGUCCGGAUCAACCAUGGAUGCUACAUUCCGGCAGUCUAGAUACUUGAGCCAGGGCAGUACAAUAUGGGGAGCAAGUUGUUGCCCAUGUAGCAAGCUCCCCCCUCCCCAGGCAUCUGGUGAAUCUAAAGGAACGGCAGAGACUGAUACAGUUUGGCACCUGCAGCAUCGCAGGAGUUGCCAGUUAGCAUUGAACUCAAUGUAAGACUGCCUUAGGGACUCUGCUUUGGAUUUUUUCCCCUCAGGAUUUACUCGUCAGUAAGUAUAGCUGUACGGAAGCACAGGUUUGAGAUCAGAGUUUUCCUUCUCCUAGAUGAGCUGCCAGCCAUGGCUGACGAGCCCCAUCUGCAUGAAGUGAUUGGUUUUAAGGUGCCAGUAGCCCACCCUUGCCCCUUCUUCUGUCAGCAGAAAUGGUUCUGCCAGGCUUGGUAGCCAAGUCAUAAGUGUGGCAUCUUCAACCCUCCUCCUCCUUCUCCUCCUGGAUACCCUGCUCUGGUCUUCUGCCUGAUCUGGGCCUUUUCAUUGACAAUUCCUGACAGGACAUUAACCACCUAGUCCUAGACUUUAACACUCCUCUCUCCUAUUCCAACCUCACUCCUUCCAAAUGCUCAGCUCUCCACUCCCUCAACGCUAAUCCUAACUUCACCAUCAAACCUGCAGAGGGAGAUGCUGUAGUAGUCUGGCGAACUGACCUCUAUAUUGCUGAGGCCCAGUGACAACACUCAGACAGCUCCUCUUACUUGCCCCUCGAACAGGACUCCACUAAGAAACACUAGGCCAUUGUCUCCCACACCUUAUCAGCUCUGGGGAUCUCCCAUCUACUGCCACCAACCUCAUAGUUCCCACACCCUGCACCUCCUGUUGCUACCUCCUACCCAAAAUCCACAAACCUGCUCCUGCCCCACUGAACUCAUAUCUGCACACCUUGACUUUGUUUUAUCCACACUGGUUCAGUCCCUUCCCACCUACAUCUGCGACACCUCACGUGCUCUUGAUCUUUUCAGGAUUUCAGGUUCCCUGGAUCCCAUCAUCUUAUUUUUACUAUGAAUGUCCGGUCCCUAUACACCUCCAUCCCUCACCAGGAGGGCCUAAAAGCUCCCCAUUUCUUUCUGAACACCAGACCCAACCAGUUCCCCUCCACCACCACUCUCCUCCAUCUAGUGGAACUUGUCCUCACUCUAAAUAAUAUCUCCUUUGGUUCCUCCCACUUCCUUCAAACAAAGUGGGUAGCCAUGGGCACUCACAUGGGUCCCAACUAUCCCUGCCUGUUUGUUGGCUACGUGGAACAGUCUAUGUUCUAAGCCUUCACUGGUGACCAUCCUGCACUUUUCCUAUACUACAUCAAUGACUGCACUGCUGCUGCUUCCUACACCCAUGCUGAACUUGUCGAUUUCAUCUAUUUUGCCUCCAACUUCCACCUGGCCCACAAAUUCACCUGGUCCAUUUUGGACACUUCCCUUCCCUUUCUCAAUCUCAUUGUCUCCAUCUCCGGAGACAGCUUAUCCACUGAUGUGUGUUAUAAACCAAUGGACUCUCAUAGCUACCUGGACUAUACCUUGUCCCACCAUGCUACUUGUAAAAACACUAUCCCCGCCUCUCAAUUCCUCGGUCUCCGCUGCAUCUGCUCUCAGAAUGAGGCCAUAUGUCCUCCUUUUUCAAAGAAAGGGGCUUCCCUUCCUCCACCAUCAACGCUGCCCUCAACCGCAUCUUUCCAUUUCACACAUCUGCUCUUAUUCUAUUCUCCCGCCAUCCUACCAGAGAUAGGGUUCCUCUUGCCCUCACCUACCACCCCACCAGCCUCUGCAUUCAGCACAUAAUUCUAUGAAACUUGUCCAUUCGUCCCUCCCCACUGAUCUCCCUCCUGACACUUAUCCUUGCAAGCAGAACAAGUGCUUCAUCUGACCUUACACCUCCUCCCUCACUGCCAUUCAGGGUCCCAAACAGUCCUUCCAGGUGAGGCGACACUUCACCUGUGAAUCUGUUGGGGUCAUAUAUGGUGUUCGGUGCUCCUGGUGUGGCCUCCUGUAUAUCAGGGAGACCUGACAUAGAUUGGGAGACGGCUUUGCUGAGCAUCUAUGCUCCAUCUUCCAAAACAAGCAGGAUCUCCCAGUGGCCACCCAUUCCCAUUCUGAUAUGUCCAUCCAUGACCAACUGCAUCAGGAUAAGGCCACCGUUGGGUUAGAGGAACAAGACCUUGUAUUCUGUUUAGGCAGCCUCCAACCUGAUGGCAUGAACAUUGAUUUCUCAAACUUCCAGUAAUGCCUCCCUUCUCCCCUUCACAAUUACCAAUCCCCUUUCCUCUCUCCUGUUAUCCCCUUAUCCGCCCAUUGCCUCUUUCUGGUGCUCCCCCCCUCUCUUUUUCACCAAUCAACUUCCUAGCUCUUUGCUUCAUCCCUCCCCCUCCAAGUUUCACCUAUCACCUGCUGUUUCUCACUCCCCUCCCCACACCUUUCAAAUCUACUCCUCAGCUUUUUUCUCCAGUCCUGCCAAAGGGUUUCAGCCUGAAACGUCGACUGUACUUUUUUCCAUAGAUGCUAAGUUCCUCUAGUACUUUGUGUGUUGCUUGGAUUUCCAGCAUUGGCGAAUUUUCUGUUGUUAAGGGCUUGGUUGUCAGAGGCUAUUUGAGGAGCAUUGAGAGCAUCUAAUAGGUAGUGUGAGCUUAUCCCCAUUACCAGCCUUGGCUGUAACAACCUUAAGGAACCAAUUAUAGACGUAAGGGUGUCUUAUUUAUGGAUCUAAUUACUCAGCUGGGUGGGAGGUUAGAUGCGUCUCUACUAAAAGAGGCGUAUGUGAGGCACUAUUUCCUUCUGCCAGCCUACAGAUCAUCCUUGGGCAAGGUGUAGCAUCUGCUUAGCCCACCCCCAUCCCGAUCAGGGUCACGUGAAGCCAUGAGAGCAGCAGGUGGAUGGUCACAUGAGCAGCUGGUAUAUAUCAGAAGUCCUGGUUAUGUGACCACUGACGUCAGGCAGACAAUAUCUGAAAAGUAUUCAUAAUGGCUGGGAUAAUCUGUCUUGUAAAGACACUGUCUCAAAGAAGGCAAUGGCAAACCACUUGUGUAGAAAAAUUUACCAAGAACAAUCAUGGUCAUGGAUAAGACCAUGCAUGAUUGCCCAGGUCACAUGACACAGCACACAAUGAUGAUGAAUUACUUUACUGAACAUAUUUUACUUUAUCCAUCAGCUGAAUACCUCACUUAUUGUGAUGUGUGUAUGAUUAAGAGUGGUUUCCAUUUUCAGCGUUACUGAUUUCUGACGGCCAUUGUCAUCCACUAUAUUAGUAAGAAAACCUUUUUUAUGUCUAUCUUUUCAUUGUUCCAGGAAGGUUUCUACAAAAAUCAUAUUCUUGGUACAAUCAUUUCAAACAUAGCUGUUUGCAUUGUAAACGUUUAAAGGAUUACCUGCAAUAGUAGAAUUUUAUUUUAUUUCAAUGCAAUGUAUAAUCUUCUGGACUGCUCUAUCCUUUUCUCUAAUUUCUUCAUCUGUGGAACAAAUUAGUUUUAUGAUAAAUACAGGAGACCCCAUCAAGGACAGCAACAAAUGCACCAACAAUGUAUUAGGUGAAUACAUGCUAAAUAGUGUGGCUUAGUGCUAACCAUCCUCAGAACUAUUUUACCAGAAAAAGCUUCCUAAACUAAUCCAAAGUCAGGCAAAGUUGCUGUCUUCUAUAUUGUGUUGAUAUUGAGUAUAUAUUGUGUCAAGUGUGUCAAGAGUAUAAGAGGAUUGAUGAUUCCAGGCACUGGAAGGACUUAAUUCAAUGUACAUUUCAAUGGCAAUGUUCCUGUCUUCUGCCCAGACCCACAUAGAUUUAUGUGUUCCUGUGUUAAUGUUGAGAUAGCCUUGGGGCUCAGAGAAAAUUAAAGUAAAAGUGAGGCUAGAUCCUUUGGAAACUGAUCAGACCAUUAUUUGUCCACUUCACUGUCAGGUUGUAAUGAUGGAGUGGGUACAGUGAAUAAUGACAAAAGAAGUGUAUUCUAUAAAUGUAAAUUUUAUGGAUUAAGUAUACCAGCUUAAAACUUAAAAGUUCAGCCAUAUCUAAUUAUAAAUGUUGGUGAGGCAUUACCUUGCCACAUGUUGAGAGUGGUUCUGUGAAUAUUCAUGUGGACACAAAAGAUACAGCUUGCAACCAUCUCCAGCCAGUGCACUGAUUAGAAUACAGUACAUGUUAGGGACCUGAGGACGUUUUGUUUUUAAAGGUUGAAAGCUUCUAUUCUGAUGCCAAACGUAUUAGUGCAUCAAUAUCAACAUUAAUAUUUCAUUCCCAAACAUUCCAUCAACAAUAAGUUUGGAAGGUUACACAGGGUUCAAUCCCUUAGUUUCCUGUAGAAUCCUCAAUAGAAUUCCUCAGUAGAGUAUUUGUAAUAGAUGCUCUAAAUUAUGUGUGACCCUCUUCAGGUAGUCUUCAGCACUGGAAUACUGGGAAAACAAAACAUAUCUUCACAGGGUUUAUGAUCUUCCCACUGCACUAUAUAAUUGUCUCAGUUUGUGUUUCUGAGAACAAGGCAGGGAACACAGACCAUUGUGUCACACAGCUGUUCAAGAUGAAUACCAAGGAACUGAACUCUGCCAUGACUUGGACACCAACUGCUGUGGAGCACUUUGGAACAGCUUUGAAAGCCAAUAUCACUGAACAAAAAUAAGUUAGCUAGUCCUUCAAAUUUGUACUGAUAUUUUACCAUAUUAUGUCUUUUUUUCAAGCAUUCACAUAACUUACAUCCGAACUAACUUGGAAAAUUUUAAAAAUGAUUUGUAGCCGUGGCUUCCGGAAGAAAGGAAGUACACUGUUGGCAAUACUUGUAAUUUCUUCUGAAGAGACUUUUGAUUGCUUCUGAUGAGAAAAAUGGUGCAGAAUGGUUGGUAAUUGAAAGCAGGAUGUUGCUAAAACACUUAAUUGAAUGGAUGUAAAUUAUGACCUACAGUUCUUGGCUGUUCUGGUACAGUAAUAUCAGCCUUCCUUUUGGCACUAUUUCCGCAGACAUAAUGUGGGAGAUGUAAGGAUUAAAAGAGGUGCUCUAUUCUAAGAAGUGCGCGUCGUGUUGUUUCAGUAAUAUUUGAGGAAUUUUAUGUUUGUGUAUGUUAUUUAUAUAUUUUUUAUUAUGUUUCCUUGUUUAAAUAAUUCAUUACAGGUUGUAUGUAUAAAUAUGUGCAUUGCUGUCAUGUGAUACAUGUGUGCGUCACUUAAAGUAAACAUUGAUGUAGACACCGA